AUGUCUUCACCUCGGCUCCUGUACUUGGCAGUAUUGCUGACUGUCGGUUCCACCUUUACGAUACGGAAGAGAGCAGAACAUGAAGAAGGGCACUCCUUAGAUGAAGGAAAACCUAGGCAAGGCAUCCCUGAAAUCAAUGCAGCAACUGGAAAGAAGUUUUUUGAAGGCGACAUUAUCAUGCCGCUUGACAGAAAUGCACUGAGGGACGAAUCCUAUAGAUGGAAACUUCCAAUUCCAUAUAAAAUGGGCGCCAGUAUAGACCUGAAUACCAAGGGCGUCAUAUUGCAAGCAUUUGAGAUGUUUCGACUCAAAUCUUGCAUUGACUUUAAACCCUAUGAAGGAGAGAAGUCCUACCUCCAAUUUGAAAAGAUGGAUGGAUGCUGGUCUUAUGUGGGAGAUCUUCAGAAUGGUCAGGUCGUUUCUAUUGGAUCACGCUGUGAAUAUAAAGAAACUGUGGAGCAUGAGCUCCUGCAUGCCCUUGGAUUUUAUCAUGAACAGUCACGCACUGAUCGAGAUGACUAUGUUAAGAUUUGGUGGAAUGAAAUCAUUGAUGGUCAGGCAUAUAAUUUUGACAAAUAUGAUGACAGUUUCAUUUCUGAUUUAAACACUCCAUAUGAUUAUGAAUCUGUCCUGCAUUAUGGACCUUAUUCAUUCAAUAAGAACAGUUCUGCCCCUUCAAUUACAACAAAAAUUCCCGAAUUCAACAACAUCAUUGGGCAAAGCCAGGAUCUGAGCAAGAUAGAUCUAGAAAGGCUUAACCGCAUGUACCAUUGUGCUUCCAGUCUUACUCUCCUUGACCAAUGUUCAUUUGAGUCCAUCAAUAUCUGUGGUAUGGUGCAAAACGGAAGAGACGACAAGGACUGGGAACAUACCUUGACUGCAAGUCGGGAUAACAACAACCACUGCUUAGAGAAAGGGUACGUUAUGAGCUUCGAUACCACAAAAGGCCUUUCAGGUGAAGCAGCCAUUUUGGAGUCCCGUAUUCUUUAUCCAAGAAGAAAUGAGAAGUGCCUACAAUUUUUUUACAAAUUUGAUGGCAGUCCAAAAGAUGAGCUGAUUAUAUGGCUUAAAACUGAUGAUGGUACUGGAAAUAUUAGGAAGUCAAUACAACUGAAAAGCAUCCGUGGUGAUGGAGAGAAGCAGUGGAACUUUGCAAACAUUCCUUUCAACAGCCAGACCAAAUUCCGCUAUGUUUUUCACGGCCUUAAAGGAGACCCACAACAUUCCAAGGGAGGAAUUCACAUUGAUGAUAUCACUCUGACUGAAACGCAAUGUCCUGCUAGCGUUUGGCAGAUAAGAAACUUCACUUCCAUUUUAAAAAGUUCCUCAAAAGGAGAUUAUCUGCCAAGCCCCAUCUUUUAUAACUCUGAGGGCUAUUGCUUUGUGCUCAGUCUCUAUCCCCGUGGUGCAUCCAACUCAAAUGGAGAUUACCUAGGACUCAUGUUUUCUUUAUGUAGUGGCAAGAAUGAUGGAGCAUUAGAGUGGCCAGCUGGGAACAGGCAAGUGAUAUUCACCAUAGUGGAUCAAGAUCCUGACGUCACCCAAAGGAUGUCAGCAAGCCGAAGCUUUGUUACAGAUCCCAACCAGCGUUACAAUGGCAAAUUUUAUUGGGAUAAGGCCGACAUUACUGGAUUUUUUGAUCCUUUGUAUAACGCCCACGUAGGUCCAGGGUGGGGAUGGCAUUACAUCUUGCCAUAUAGUGAAUUGUAUCGGAAAAAUUAUCUUAAAAAUGACAAUCUCAUCAUUUUUGCAAAUUUUGAAGUGAUAGGGUCCAAGGAUACCUCCUUGUUAGCCCUAAUACGUGGGGACAUCCUUCUGUGA